AUGGUCCCGGCGGCCGGGCCGGGGGCGAGGGCGGCGGCUGCUGCGGCCGCGGCCGCGGCGGCGGAGGAGAUGCGGUGGCGGCAGCUAGACAGCGGCGUGAGCGCGGUGUCGUUCGGGUUCGUGGCCACCGCCAUCCUCGUGUCCAUGUUCCUCGCCAUGGCCAUCCUCGAGCACUUCCUCCGCCCCCCGGCCCACGCGCCCGGGCACGCGCCGCCCCGGGGGAUCCUCCGCCGCCUCCGCCUCUUCCUCGGCCGCGGCGGCGAGCGCGGCGCCGCCCCCGGCGCGGAUCUCGAGGCGGCGAGGAAGCUCCAAGGCCACGCGCCCCUCGAGAGGUGGAGUGGAGCGAAGGCAUCUAGUCCUAGCGAGGAAGAUGAAACUGCAAUGAUGUCUUACCUGUAG